AUGCUACUCAAGCUCCAUCUGGAGCACUUGCCUGUGCCAUUCCAAGAUGUUGCGCAGCAGGUCGGCAUCGUGCAAGUGGGUUUUCGUUUGGUUAUCUCGGCAGCCUCAUACCUCCCUCAGCUCAACAAGAUCGAACAACAACAGAGUUGUGCAGGUAUCAGUUCGGCACAUGUCAUGCUCAAUCUGGUAUCCAUGACAGAUCAAUUCGCCUGGAGCUUCUACCUACUUGCUGCCAACAGCGCCGUGGCUGACAUAAUCGUGCAAUCACCGCCAACACCGAGAGACUGGCUCAACUUGAUACAACAUGCUGUCUUGUGGACCUAUCAGCUUUUAUUGUAAGUGAGCUAUAUCCUCACGCGUGUGGGAAAUUUGCUAAUUCGUGUGAUCAAGUUUCGUCCUCUUCCUGUACUAUGCAGGCUUGCAUCCGUCAGUCAAAGCACUGCUGGUUCUCCUGUUUGUCAUUCUUCUCCUAGUGGAGUUUGUGCCGAUAUUCGGAGUAGUCGCCCUGAUUCAACGAGAUAUAAUUGGCGUGAAAGAGUGGCUGCCCGCGUUCGUGACCGGCAUACACUUUUUGGUCUACAUCCCGCUUGCGACUGCGGUCGGGGCUGGCACUUUCUCCUCUCAAUGGAGGCUACUAAACGAGCGCGAUAAUGUUGGGGCAUUUAGCACCAAUUCAUCAUCAAUCCAGAGCAUUGUAUUCCUGGUCUUAGCUUUCUGCUGGCCAUCUCGAUUGCACUUACCGGCGGGAGCAAAUUGGCCUGGUCGGGUGCGGCUCGUGUCGUGGUACCAGAUGUUCGGAUGGGCUUCGGUGGAUGGCUUGGUAUUCGCAGUGUCCCAAGGCAUUUUGUGGUGGCAAGCGAGACGAUUGGGAGAGAAUUUGUUGCAGGAAGAAGGUCAACCACUCCUAGUGUCGUAG